AUGUCUAACUCAAGGAAAACAACGAGUCCUCAGUGGAAACCGCCAGCUCAGAAUCCCUCCAUCCUUUAUAGCCAGCGAACUCCAUCUACAAACAAUUCUAUUGCCACUUCACCUAAUGGCACUAGCAAUGGAGUUCGACAAACUGGCUUUGUGGAAAAAUUACUGCAUUCCUAUGGUUUUAUUCAGUGUAACGAAAGAGAGGCAAGAGUGUUCUUUCACUUCAGUGAAUACAGUGGAAAUGCGGAAGAUAUGAAAAUUGGAGAUCCUGUUGAAUUUCAGUUGUCUUGUGAUCGGCGAUCUGGAAAACGGAUCGCAAUUUCUGUGAUAAAAGUUGACCCUAGCGUCUCCUCCCAAGAAAUUUUUAGCGAGGAGCGUUUUCAAGGCUCUAUAGUUCAAGAAGCAAAACCAGUUAAAACAAAAAAUGGAACAGUACCAGGUAAUCAAGAUGGACUUGGCAGAGUCACGUAUGUGCACAAUGGGGAAUGUUUUUUCAUCCCUUAUGGUUUAGAAGAUGUGAAGUCAGAUGAUGGCUCUUUGAAAUUAAAAGCUGGAGAUCAGGUCAAAUUUUACAUUGCUUCUGAUAAAAGAAAUGGUACUCUUAGGGCACGGAAGGUGGAAGAAGUGGGGCUUCCUGAGCCAGAAAAAUAUCAAGGUGUUGUCUGCUCAAUGAAAGAAAAUUUUGGUUUUAUUGAACGAUCGGAUGUAGUGAAGGAAAUUUUCUUUCACUAUAGUGAAUAUAAAGGGGACAUAAAUGAACUGCUUCUUGGGGAUGAUGUAGAAUUCCAAAUUCAGUCAAGAACUACUGUAGCCCAUGAUCAGAAGUCGCAAUGUCAGGGAUCUGUAGUCACAAAAUCAGAGGGUAGGGAAGUUGCUGUAAAUAUUUCACGAUUACCUGAAGGAACUGUGAUAUUUGAGGAUGUUGCAAGUGAACGUAUAAAAGGGAAAAUUCUAAAGCCCUUGAAAACUUCUAAUAAAGGUCGUCAAGGGGACCCUCUUUGUGGCAGGAUAGUCUAUGAAGAUGAUGGCCACCAGAUUGAAAUUCCAUUUGGUGACAAGGACCAAAAGGGAGACUUCACAUUACAACUUGAUGAUCUUGUUGAAUUUAGUAUUGCCACUGAUCGAAGAGAUGGCCUGCAGAGAGCUACACAGAUAGAGCUUCUUGAAAGUUCAUUUGAAAAAAGCAAAGAAAUAAGGGAGGUGGGCAUCGUUGCCACUCUGAAAGAUGGUUAUGGUUUCAUACAAUGUGCGGACCGCGACCUUAGAGUUUUCUUCCAUUUCAGUGAAGCUCUAGAUCCAACUCAUGAGCUAAAACCUCAGGAUGAAGUUGAAUUUACAGUUGUUCAGGAUCCUUCAUCACCAAACAAACAAAUAGCAGUACGAAUCAAAGCGCUUCCGAAACGGACACUAUCCCUCACUAUAUCCAGUGAAAAAUAUAUUGGUACUAUUGACAGAGAACCUGCCACUCACAAGAGUCCUGGCAAAAAUAAAGAAGGAGAAUCUGGAAAUAUCAUUUAUGAUUAUGAAGGGACAAUACAGCAAAUUCCUUAUUAUCUGAAAGAUUUAAUUGAACCUAAGAAUCCUCCAAGAUAUGGUGACAAGAUUGAAUUUAGCAUUGGAGAAUCAUCUAGAAAUUCUCAAAAGCGAGCUGUCAAUGUCAAGGUUGUUCUUCGCAAUGUUGCUGGUAAAUGUCAAGGAUUCAUUGCUACAUUAAAGGAUAAUUAUGGCUUCAUUGAGAAUGCAGACCAUGAAAAAGAGGUAUUCUUUCAUUUUAGUUCAGUUGAAAAUGUUCCCAUGGAGUUCAACUUAGGCGAUGAAGUGGAAUAUACACUUGCGAAGAAGGGUGCAAAACUAAGUGCUGAAAAUAUAAAGAAACUUCCAAAAGGAACUGUUUCUCCUGAAGAAAUUCUUUGGGACAAAGGUACUUUACAGGGUAAAAUAGUGCGUCCUCUGCGUAUUGUCAAUCCUGACCAAGAUGACUACAGUGGUCUAGUUCAGGUUGGAUUGGAUGAAGAUGAAGAAGAAGUGUAUCCCUAUGGCAUCACCAGUUUAGCUGACAAACGGGAUUUUCUUCAAAAAGGAGAUGUUGUCAAAUUCCAGAUUGCCACUGUGAAAAGCACUGGAAAGAAACGUGCUGUUUGUGUGGCUGCUAUGCGCAGCUAUGUUCGGGCUAAAGUCGAUUCUGUAAAAGGCUUGUAUGGUUUUCUGAAUUAUGAAGUGGAAGAUGGCAAAAAAUUAUUUUUUCAUAUGACUGAAGUCCAUGACAGUAUUGAGCUGCAACCUGGAGAUGAAGUGGAAUUUGUGGUUGUUCAAAACCAGCGCAAUGCUAAGUACUCGGCUUGCAGUCUACGCAAAAUCACUGAUACUCGUCGCCCAGAACGCCUUUUGAGCCGCUUAAAAAGUUUUACUGAAGAGACUGGUCCUCGAGUGAUUCUCAUCAGACCGCCACAAGGUCCUGAUGUUACACCCCUCUUCCUACCACCUUCCACUCCCACAAGCAAUUUCUCUUUCUUCAAGCUUGACUCUCUCCCCUGUUAUUCUUCUUUCCCCCCUCUCUCUCUCUCUCUCUCUCAAACCCAACCUCCAGGCACCUGGAUGACAUCAGGACUUGUAUGA